GCGAAAUAAAUGAAAAUUUGAAUUCAAAAUUGACAAUGAAGCGAACGGAUCCGUGGGAUGAGACGGAUCGGUCGGAGCAAACAGAUCGGUCGGAGGAAACUGAUCGGUCGGGGCAAACAGAUCGGUCGGGGCAAACGGAUCGGUCGGAGCAAACGGAUCGGUCGGGGCAAACGGAUCGAUGGUCGGAGCGAACGGAUCAGACAGAACUGCAAAUCCUGCAACAAGAGCGACAGGAACAGGAGGAGUUCUAUGGCUUUUUUAUGUCCCGCUUUUUCGGCGAGCAAGAAGAGGGCAGCCUCUCCCCCCUCCAGCUGGGGGGCCUCCCCCGCCCCCUCACCAGCACCCUCCGUAGCGACGACGGGGCCCCAGUGCAGUACCGCGGGGGGCGCCGCCCCCUGGACCUCACCCAGCGCCCCCUGCCUGAGGAUGUCGACGUGGACCCCGCGGGGGGCUACCAGAGGUCCUACCUCUUCCUCCCCGAGACGCCCGUCAAGUUCGGCGGCGCCCCCAUCGGGACAAUUGACACGGUGUCAGGCCUGGAGGCGGCCAUCUUGGGGUUCUACCUGUCCCAGCACCGGGUCAUGAUCCUGUACGAGAACGAGAGCGUGAACCGCAAGUUGUGUGCCAAGGAGAGCUUUCCCGGGGACCUGUGCGGAGAGUUCAACAAUGAAAGAGACAUCCUCCUCUUCCCGCGACGGCAGCCGAAAUGCGCCAACAUCUUCCUGGAGGCUCUGCACGACAUGGCCGCCGCCAUUGAGGUCAUCCACGGCCUGGAAGGCAACUACAACUCCAAGCUGGUGCCCACACUCUGGACUGAUGCCCAUGUCGCCCACCAAAACAUCCCUAACGUCUUCAGAACUCUACCAGAACUUGAGGUACCCAAGCAUUUCAAGCCGAUAUUUUUCCCAGUGUAUUUCCUCAUGGAAGAGGCCUACGUGACUGAGCCUAAAAAAAUGAUGGCGUUGAAAAUGCUGGAGAAAACCUGCCUGGCUCUGGAGCAUCUCUGCGAGGCUGCGGUCUACAGCGGCCGGCCGGGAGCAGCGUUGGCUCUGGCCCAAGACGCCACAACCUGCUGCCUGUACCUGGACCUGGACAAAGUCCCACUCAUUUCUCUCACUGCAGGCCAGGAGCAGCGUUGGCUCUGGCCCAAGACGCCACAACCUGCAGCCUGUACCUGGACCUGGACAAAGUCCCACUCAUUUCUCUCACUGCAGGCCAGGAGCAGCGUUGGCUCUGGCCCAAGACGCCACAACCUGCUGCCUGUACCUGGACCUGGACAAAGUCCCACUCAUUUCUCUCACUGCAGGCCAGGAGCAGCGUUGGCUCUGGCCCAAGACGCCACAACCUGCAGCCUGUACCUGGACCUGGACAAAGUCCCACUCAUUUCUCUCACUGCAGGCCAGGAGCAGCGUUGGCUCUGGCCCAAGACGCCACAACCUGCUGCCUACGCGUGA